GUUACGAAACGAUACGAGUUCUUUGAGGAGCUUGGUGUAGUUUGAAGUCCUUUCAAGUGUUUUCAAGUAGAAAUAAUCUGUGAUUUGAUCCACGAUAACACGAAUAAACCUGAAGAUGCCAAAACUAGAAUAGAAAUUAGUGAAUGUGAAAUCAAACAAUAACAUGGAUCUAAAUCGACUGACAAUGAAAAAAGUGUUGAACCCAGUGAUUCCUCAUCGUAAUGCAACCGCGAUAUUUGCCUGACUCACUUUGUAAGCCAAGAUGGCGCCGGUCAGUUCUUUGUGUCCUAUUUUAUGCAGUCUGUUGAAUGACUGACGUAACUAGUUUUUCAUCGUGCAUGCAAGUCCUCGUCUCAUUUAUUUUACCUUAGUUUUUUUUUUCGAGGUAAAAAUUCGUGUUAAUGAUUGGUCAAGUCUGAAUCGCUUUUCGGUUUCAAUAUCGUAAUUUUGCCUUAAAUAAUUUUGAUAGUCUAUUAAAAUGGCUGCUGGCAAUGUUAUCUUGGCCUGUGUUGAGAUACCUGAAAUCUUGAAGUUUUGGGUAAUGCAUGUUUAUUUGUCAUGGUAAUUUUUGAACAACUUCCCGUUAGAUCUAAUGCACAUCCGUUUGUUUUACGUUUUCUAAGAAUUCACAUUCCCAUUAAAAUUUAUGUAGUUAAAGAAUUUGAGAAGUUCAGUUACUGUACAACGGCUCACGGUAAACAAAUUCUAGGGAAAAAAUAUUUUCAUUCAAUCACGAAAAUAUAUUUAUUUAAAAAGCUUUUGAAGCUUCGUAGCAUCCACCGUUGAUUACUUGUUAGUAUUAUGGUUACCAAAAUCUUGAUGCAAACUUUUCAUACCGUUGUGAUAAUGAUCUAUUCAAAGAGACGAGGAAAAUUGCCCCUUUUUGUGCGAGUUUUAGUUUUUAAUGCGUGUCAUUAAAAUUAAAUAGGAGUACAUUACAGAUCAUACGGAGAUCAGCUGAGCAAUGGUACUCGUACGCAUUUUUAUUUUCAGUUAAUUUGCGUGAUCAUGAACAAAGAUUCAUUUUCUACAGCGUUUGCUGGUUUUAUAAGGUAAGCGUUGACAAGUUACGUGCUUCUUGUUCAUUGUUUUUUGUUGUUUGCAGCAUUCCUUAAAAUGGAUCGAAUGGAGAUUGCAACCAGUUUAUACGGGAUUCCCCGUUCAUGUUCAGUGCUAACCCUACCAAAUGAAUUUUUUUACCCUUCAAGUUGUUGAAGUGAAUUCGGGUGUGGUCAUUAAAGACAAAGAUGGAAAGAGAAGCAGCCUACCGGUUGCCACGUCUUCCGUCCGCCUUAGAGUAUAAAAGAACCCACCAUGUAACAAUUGGACAUCGUCUUCGUCGAGUCGUCAAGCACCGAGUUACGAGCAUUAAAUGGGAUCUCCGGCUGCAUACCUUUUGCUGCUGUUGGCAGUGGCCAACGUUCAAGCGGCAAGUAUCCAAUACCCGGCCUUGCUUUCUAUUAACUCACGUACACAACCCGUACAACAAUGGAACAAUAAAGACGAUCAAGGGCGAAUAAACUUCGGCUAUGCCUAUUACGGCCAGGCAGCUUCAAACGUUCUUAAUGCCAAUGGUGAUAUGAUUGGCUCAUGGAGUUACCUGAACCCGGAAGGUACGCAGGUUCAUGCUUCCUACACAGCUGACAACAAAGGCUUCAACGUGCUCUUCAACAACGGCGCUCCUAUUGACACUCCGGUGGCAUACGCGCCUGUCGAACAUGUCCCUGUCUUUGCCGCUCCUGUGGAAACUCCGGUUGCAUACGCGCCUGUCGAAGAUGUCCCUGUCAUUGCCGCUCCUGUUGAAACUCCGGUUGCAUACGCGCCUGUCGAAGAUGUCGCUGUGUUUGCAGCUCCUGUGGAAACUCCGGUGGCAUACACGCCUGUCGAAGAUGUCCCUUUCAUUGCCGCUCCUGUUGAAGAUGUCCCUGUCUUUGCAACUCCUGUGGAAACUCCGGUGGCAUACGCGCCUGUCGAAGAUGUCCCUUUCAUUGCCGCUCCUGUUGAUACUCCGGUGGCAUACGUGCCUGUCGAAGAUGCCCCUGCUCCUGUUGCCAGUCCAGUAGCGUACGCGUCCUUCCCUGUUGAAGAAGUCCCUGUUUAUCCCAAAGAUGAUGACGAAGAACCCGAAACGAUUCAACCUGAAAAGGUUCAACCUGCAAUUGGGGAUCGUUCUCUCUGUGAAAGCAACGAACUCCGUGCCUUGUCUCGAAUGGACAGGUCAAAUACCACGUCAAAUUCCACAUUUAAAAUGACAGAGAGUGAAGAAGCCACGGCGAAUCAAUAUCCAUUCUUGGUGGCGCUUGUUUACGGAGAUGAGGAAAACGAAAACCUCAAUCCGUUUUGUGGCGGAUCUUUGAUUGCUCCAACCAAAAUUCUAACGGCUGCCCACUGCAUCACUGAGGAAAAAACGGAAACCUUAAUGAAAGAUGCUUUCCAUGUCAGACUUGGAGUGCACACGAUUACCAAAACAUCGAGUGACUCCAAGUUAAAUAGAAAAGUCGUGAACAUGAAAAUUCACGAAAACUAUCUCGCCAAGACAUUUGAGAACGACAUCGCCAUUUUGACACUGGACUCGCCUGUGGAAUAUACGGAAGCUAUUCAACCCAUUUGCUUGUCGCCGUCGUGCUUGAAUACUGACGAAAUACAAGCCAUUGGCAUGGGUUGGGGACACAUCCAACAUGGUGGUCCACUUUCAGAAUAUGUACGACACGCCGUGCUUCCAGUUGUGAGCAAUGCAAAGUGCCAGGAAACCUACGGGGAGAAAGAUGAUAUUAUUGACUCUUUACUUUGCGCUUAUGGAGGUGAUCUAGACACUUGCCAGGGUGACAGCGGCGGUCCUCUAGUAUCAGAUUAUGGCUCAUCGGUGGAAAAUUGCCGUUUCGUGCAGAUUGGCGUCGUCAGCUAUGGCCAAGAAUGCGGCGCAACGAUAUUUCCAGGAGUUUACACUAGGGUUAGUUCAUUCUUGGAGUGGAUAUCAGAAAAUAUGUAAAGCUGUUGAAACCCCAUAAUGCUUUCAUCUUGUCCAAUCCCGACUCCGAAAAUGACAAAAGGACGCGAUUUUGUUCACAUUCAUAGCUUCCAGGUCACGAACAGAAAUCAAACAAUAGCGAAGCGUAAUGCGUUCGUUGUCGCGGUGUAAAAGUUUAUUUUUAAGUGUUAUUUUUAUUCGAUAUUUACCUCCCGUGGUAUCACGUCAUUUUCCACGUUCGCCAAUACUUCUUAAAUCCAUACGGUUCACAGCUUGGCAGGAAGGCUUUCUCUACAAUUUGUUGGUUUCUUUCUAGAAGUUUCAGAACGGUAUGUAAGGGAACUGAUUUUGUCCACCUAAAUGCUUCAUUGUUUCCCAUGGUUACCACAUUUUAAAGCUGUAUUGCCAAUAUCUGAAUCCUUUAA